UAUAAUAAUAAUGCAACAUUUAUUACAGAACACAGUACUUUGUCUCAAACUAAAUUUAUAUUUUUAAAGUUCUUAUUAUUCAUAUCCUACUAUUAAAUUUUAGUUUAUUUUCAAUAGGUACUUAUCAAUAUUAAAAUAUUCCUUAUCUUAAGAUAAAAACAAUUUACUUGUAAACUUGUUUUAUUUUUACAGUCAAAACAAAUUAGGUAUCAACAAAAUUAGGUAAAAUGAAAGUUUUACAAUUAUGUUCUUCAAAAUUAUAUUUAAAAGCUUUUAAUUAUCAGAGGCGGAACAUUAGUGCUAAAGCAUUUAUUUUUCAAAAUCAGUUUGAUGGUUUUCCAAAAGAAAGUGAUUUUAAACUGGUAAAGGAAGAAUUGCCGACAAUUAAAGAUGGAGAAUUCUUAGCAGCUGCUGAAUAUUUAAGUGUAGAUCCGUACAUGAGGGCAUACGCCCCACGAGUUAAGACUGGGAAGACUUUUAUGGGUUCCCAAGUUGCAAAGAUUUUGGAAAGUAAAAAUCCUAAAUUUCCAGAAGGAAAGUACAUAGUAGGUGAAUAUGGUUGGAGAACACAUACUGUUGCCUCCGGAAAACCUUUAACUACAGGUGUUCCUACAGCAUGGUUGAUACCAGAUAUAGGAAAACUACCAAAAUCACUAGCUUUAGGUGUAUUAGGAAUGCCAGGAAAUACAGCUUAUUUUGGAUUUCUUGAACUGUGUUUACCCCAACCUGGUGAAACAGUAUUCAUAACUGGCGCUGCAGGAGCAGUAGGUAGUUUGGUUGGUCAAAUAGCUAAAAUUAAAGGUUGCAGAGCUGUUGGUUUAGCAGGUUCAGAUGAAAAAGGCAAAUGGCUUGUAAAUGAACUUGGUUUUGAUCAUUUUAUUAACUAUAAAACUGACGAUAUUCGAAAGAAAAUUAAAGAAUUUGCUCCUCAAGGAAUUGAUUGUUAUUUCGAUAAUGUAGGUGGAGAAAUAAGUUCUACUAUAAUGUUGUACAUGAACCUUUUUGGUAGAAUUUCUGUUUGUGGAGCCAUUUCUGGAUAUAAUGAAACUAAACCAGCUAAAGCAUCUAUUGUCCAGUAUCCACUGACUUUCAAUCAGUUAAAAAUGGAAGGUUUUAUUGUCCAUAGAUGGUUAGACAGAUGGUUUGAAGGAAUUGAACAAAACAAAAAGUGGAUAGAAGAAGGGAAAUUAAAAUAUAGAGAAACUGUUACAGAUGGUUUUGAAAAUAUGUUUAAAGCUUUCACUGAUAUGUUACAAGGAGGAAAUACUGGAAAAGCUAUUGUAAAAGUGUAAUAAAACUUUUUUAUCCGUAUAGACAGUUUUAGUUAUAUGAGUAAAUGGAAUGUAUUAAUUAGAAA